GGUGGUCUACCGGACCGGCUGUUUCACCCCUAUCAUUUAUAAAUUCGCGUUGCUGGUGGCGGUGGCUGCAAGACGACGGCGUGAAGAGAACCAAUCUAGGGCUUCUUCCUCUCCCGAUCGAGCGAAGGGGACGCCGUACUCAUGAGGCCUUCGAUCAACCGACCCCCGACACCCAACCCGGACGAGGAGCCGGAAAAAGAGCUUUCCAUUCAGGAGAUCAUCAACAUCAAGCUAAUAGAGUCUGGGGAGAAGGAGAAACUGAUGGAGCUUUUGAGGGAGAGGCUGAUCGAGUGCGGAUGGAGGGACGAGAUGAGAGCGCUCUGCAGAGCAUAUGCAAAGAAAAAGGGAAGAAAUAAUGUCACAGUUGAUGACCUUGUACAUGUUAUUACUCCAAAAGGAAGAGCUUCAGUGCCGGAUUCUGUGAAGGCUGAACUACUGCUACGCAUCCAAUCUUUCCUCAAAUCUGUUCCGCUUGAUGCCCUCUGAACUAUAAAAGCGGGUGCUCGCAAGCAUAAUAUCUCACACAAACUGUGCUACUCUCUUCUCUAAAAUCUCGUUGGAGAUCGAUCAAAUCCUAUGGGCUUGAUUCUGGCAGCAGAUAGAGAUCACUUGUUGCCUUCCUAUCCUAUUUUUCCUCAAAGCUGCGGCAACAAUUUGUUGCGUCAUAUUUUGUAAAAUGCAUGAUAUGUAGUAUUCUUAAAUGCUUCAUAAACUAAACUCAAGAUAUGUAUUUAUAGUUUUUUUCA